AUGUCACAACAUCAAAUUCCACCUGGUUCAGAAACUACUAAGCCUACUCACAAGGAUAGCACUCUUUCCAUGGACUUUCACGAUGAUGAGAUUUUGGAUGUGGUCCCACUGUCUGUUAUUCCCGGCGAAGCCCUUGAUUUAAACCAUCCCAUGGAUGCAUCAACUUAUGCAUGCCCCAAUCAAGGUAACCACUCUAGUAUCCCUUCUAGCUCAACUCACGCCACUAAUUCUAAGGAAGAUAUGCACCACAUUGAUCGUGUCAUAAGAAACCUAGUCACUAGAAUCCUUAAUGAAGGACUUUCUGUGAAGGGAGUCUCUACUCCCCUGUCUAAAAUAUACCCCUCUCCUAAGGUUGAACAUCAUAAUGAGAAGGAUGACGAUUCCUCUAGAUCUAAGAAGGACAUGGUUGCUGAAGGUUUAUGCUCUCUAGGGAAAACAGUGUGUCUGCAUGAUACUGCAAACAAUGUGAUUGACCUAGAGGAUGAUAGGUCUGAUGACCAAGAGGAUAACUUACUUCAACACUUAAAGCCUAGUGUGGCUAAGCGUAUGCAGACUAGAAAAGGAAGAUCUGUGGCUGAAAUGAUGUCAGCUAAAACUGCUAAGAAGACUGUUGGUGUUGGUCCUUCCAAAUCUUGGAGAAAGGUUGAUGUGAAGAAGAGGAAGGUUAGAGAAGUUUCUGAGUCUGAAGAAGAUGACCCUGACAUCUCCCCUGUUAAGAGGACCACUGUGAGGAAGUCCCCUGUGAAAGUUGUUGCUGUGCAUUUGGAUAAUAUCUCUUUCCAUCUUGAAGAUGGAGCUACCAAAUGGAAAUUUGUGAUUCAGAGAAGGGUGGUUGUAGAAAGGGAGUUAGGAAAGGAUGUUGUUGAAGUCAAAGAGGUCAUGGAUCUAAUAAAGAUUGUUGGGUUGAUGAAGACUGUGGCUGGCUUAUCUCAGUGCUAUGAGGGUUUGGUUAAGGAAUUCAUUAUCAACAUUCUUGAGGAUAUUGCUGACAAGAACAACAAGGAAUUUUGA